AUGAACAAGCUGGAGUACUCGCGGCGCAAUGGCACGCAAAAGAUCCGAAUUACAAUUCUCUGCGCCCGCAAUCUGGCCCGGAAAGACUUGUUCCGACUGCCCGAUCCGUUCGCCAAAAUUCUCGUGGAAGGUACGACCCAGGAGUACACGACAGAAAUCUGCAAAGCAUCGAUUGAUCCGCGCUGGAACUCACACUACGAUCUGUUCCUCGGGAAGAACGAUAACAUCAUCAUUUCGAUCUACAACCAUCGGAAGCUGCACAAACGGCAAGCCUUUCUCGGCUGUGUGCGGAUUGUGGCCUCCGGCAUUCAGCUUCUGCGUGAUACGGGAUAUCAACGGUUGGAGCUGGUGAAACGUUCGCAGGAUGAUCCGGAUCCGGUCAAGGGGCAGAUCAUUGUGUCGCUAAUGUCGCGCGACAGCGCCACCGGUGGUAAUCCGCUCGCAAUCGUUAGCCCGGCCGGGGACGUACGGGUGCCGGACGAUGAUGAUGCGACGGACGACACGCUCAUCGUCGAGCAGCAGUUGCCCCAGGGCUGGGAAGAACGUUCGACACAGAAUGGCCGCACGUACUAUGUGAACCAUUACACCAAAACCACGCAAUGGCCACGGCCAACCGAACCGGCCGGUCCGCUCGGCCGUCAGACGGCAAACAAUGCUGCCACACCCCUGGCCGUCAAUGGGAACGUGAACGGUGGGGGCGGCGGCCUACCUGCGCAACAGCAGCACAUUCUCGGCAGUCCGACCAACACGCCGGCUAAUGGGGUCGGUGAGGAACCGGGCUGUCCCACGAUACCGGCCGGUCCGUCCAAGUCAGCCACCAACAACAGCAUCAAUAGUAUUCAGUCGAACGAUUCCGGUAGCCGGCGGCAUUCGGCCGAAAUACUGGUCAGCUCGAACAAUAAGGAAAACUGCAUCAACCAGCAACACCAUCAGCAGCAGCAUAAUGGGAAGGACCAUUCGCAGCGCAACGGAGGCAAAGAUGUGGACGGUAACGGUGUGCGGGAGGGGUUGGUAAAUGGUAACGGUGGUGGUACGCCCGCCCACAACAGGCACCGAAAUGAUGCGAAAAGCCCGGUUCGCAUACAGGACGAGUCGAUUCUGAUCACGCCGAGCUCCUCCAAUACGAGCCCGCUGAGUGAAAUUAAUAGUCCGAUAACGUCACCGAAGCAGCAGGACGUUUCGCCCCGUUCUGGUAACGGUGGAAGGGAACCGCAACAAGUCACCGGAGUAACGAACGCCAUCGGAGCGCUUGCGAUCGACACACCGAGCGCGGUUCGGUCGCCUACCGGCACGAAUGCAACCACCGGUGGACAGUGUGUGGUGGUGGUGAACGGUAGUGGUGGUGGUGUUACUAACUUCAGCAGCCCCAACCAUCAACAUUCGCGCAGCGGUGGUGAUUCGAGUGUACCCGGUGGAGGUGGACAAACCCAUCCAGCAGCAAAACCCACGGUGCCUUCGUACUUGCCGCUGAAUGCGAGCAACAACACCAAUGGAGGAACCAACAAUAGUACAUCCAACGGUGUUAGCAAUCAUAGCAAUAGUUCUUCCGGUCCCGACACCAUCGGUGGUGGUGGGACGGGUGGUGGUGGCGGUGGAAGAUCACAACAUCAGCACCAUCACGGAACACCUGCCGGGGAAAGUUGUCAUCGGGAAGGGUCGGCAUCGCGAUAUAAUCGGACCCGUUCCGGAAGGCACGCGGAAGAUCCUAAUCGACGGCGUACUUCACGCGAUAGGCCACCCCGACCAUCGAUGGGUGUUAUGGGUGGGCACCAAGCCCGGUCUGGCGCACCCUUCAUCCGACCAGCAGUAGAUCUUCCCCAUGGCUAUGAAAUUCGAACAACCCAACAGGGACAGGUGUACUUCUAUCACAUACCAACGAAGCAGUCUACAUGGCACGAUCCACGAAUACCGCGCGAUUUCGACACGCAAAACCUAACGACGGAAACGCUCGGUCCACUGCCGCACGGCUGGGAACAGCGGAAAACGGCAUCCGGGCGGGUGUAUUUCGUCGAUCACAACAACCGCACGACGCAGUUCACCGAUCCAAGGAUAAAUAUGCACAUCCUGCAGAUGAUACGGCGGCAGAACAGUACGACAGCAUCGCCACCACCGGCUACCACUACUACUACCGGCAGUAACGGAUGCUCGUCGGUUGCGCUAUCACCGCUGUCCGGCGCGGGACCACAAGUCCCGAACGGUAGUGGCGGUUCGAACCGACAUGCAGCCCUGGCGGAAGCAGUCAACGCUAUUACCAACGGAGACGCGCAUCACCAUUCGCCGAGGGGUGCAACCGUAAGCAAUAACAUUCCCGACCUACCGCAGGGCCUGAUGGACAGUGCCGACCUGCUGCCAAAGUAUCGGCGCGAUCUGGUCGGCAAGAUACGGGCACUGCGGCAAGAGUUGCAGCUGCUACAGCCACAAUCUGGUCACUGUCGGUUAGAGGUGUCUCGAAAUGAAAUUUUUGAGGAGAGCUAUAGACUGAUCAUGAAGAUGCGUCCCAAAGAUAUGCGCAAACGGUUGAUGGUGAAGUUUAAGGGCGAGGAAGGGCUGGAUUAUGGCGGGGUGGCCCGUGAAUGGUUGCACCUUCUGUCGCGUGAAAUGCUCAACCCACAGUACGGAUUGUUCCAGUACAGCCGGGAUGAUCACUACUCACUGCAAAUCAAUCCAGACUCGGGCGUUAAUCCAGAGCAUCUGUCUUACUUUCACUUCGUCGGGCGCAUUCUGGGCAUUGCCGUGUUUCACAAUCACGUGCUGGAUGGUGGUUUUACGCUGCCGUUCUACAAGCAGCUGCUCAACAAACCGAUCACACUCUCCGACAUCGAGGACGUCGAUCCGGACCUGCACCGUAGUUUAACGUGGAUGCUUGAAAACAAUAUGACGGGUGUAAUUGAUUCGACGUUCAGCGUGGAAAACAACAGCUUCGGUGUGCUGAAGGUGCACGAGCUGAAACCGAACGGGGCCUCCGUCCCGGUGACCGAGGACAACAAGCGGGAGUACGUGAAGCUGUACGUGAACUAUCGGUUUAUGCGUGGCAUCGAACAGCAAUUUUUAGCUCUCUCAAAAGGAUUCGGUGAACUGAUUCUAAGCCAUCUGCUUCGGCCCUUCGACGAGAGGGAAUUGGAGCUACUGAUCAGCGGUAUUAGUCAGAUCGAUGUGAACGAUUGGAAGGCCAACACGCGGCUAAAGCAAUGCACCACCGACACACCACAGAUCGUGUGGUUCUGGCAGAUCGUGGAAUCUUACUCACCGGAGAUGCGCGCCCAGCUGCUACAGUUCGUGACGGGUUCGUGCCGUGUACCGUUGCAAGGUUUCCGCGCACUGCAAGGUUCGACCGGUGCCGUCGGUCCACGGCUGUUCACCAUCCACCUGACCGCAGACGUACCGAUCCAGAACCUACCGAAGGCGCACACCUGCUUUAACCGGCUCGAUCUACCGAUGUACGAUUCGUACCAGCUAAUGUACGACAAAUUGACGCAGGCCGUCGAAGAGACGUGUGGAUUCGCGGUAGAGUAG